AUACUGAACACAGAGUACAGUAAAACAGUUAGCUGUUAGGGUACCUGGUAAUAUCUAUAUACCUACACUGUGAUUUACCCGCCCGCCCUUCCUACCCGGUCGAAUAUUGAUUUAUGAGCCCGAAGCUAAUACAUUUUGCUGACCACUCCGGCCAUAUUGUUGAGUUGCGUCUAGCGGCGCUUCAUAGUGCCAAACGUUUGCUAUUAUAAUUUAUUUUGUGGUGCGCUUAGCAGUAUUAAUUGCAGUAAGUACUGUGUACAGUUUACAUAUCUCUCACUGAAUAACGAGCACAAAUCGAUUGGGGUGAAAUUCAAGUAACAUAUUUGAAAAGAAAAACAGAUAUGGCUUGUGGUAUUAACUUGGAUGAAUUUAAGAUCGGCACUGCGCAUAGAGCCGUUGUCGGGCAUAUUAACGACCCUCACAGUUUUUAUAUACGUCCUUAUAAAUUAAGCGGGUUUUUAGAAGACCUUGAGAAUCAAUCUCAUCACAGGGACCCGCCGAAGGACAGUGUCACAUAUGGACAAGUAAUACUGUUUCGAUCACAAAAGCUUAAGAAGAUGGCUCGCGGUAAAAUAUGCUAUAUCCACACUGACAGGAGGACCAUGUCUGUUUGCUAUGACAUCUUUGCAAUUGACUAUGGCCAUGUAGAAAAGGCUGUACCAUUAUCCAAUGUGGGCAAAAUAGACCCUCUGUCUGAGAUCCCUAGCCCACCAUUGACUAUUCAUUGUCGAGUAAGCCACUGUGAACCUAAGGGCUCUUAUUUUACAGAGGAAGUCAUUGAUCAUUUUAAAUUUUUUAUGGCCACUGAACACAUUGGUAUAUCUAUUAAUGCCAGAAUUCAAGACAAAUUGCUGGUUGACAUUCAAACUCCGGACAUCCAUGAUCUUGCUACAUUGAUGAGUGAUCUCAAUUACACAGUGCUUUGGAAACCCAUUCAAUUGAAUCAAAUGGCAGAUUCAUCUCCAAAUUCUUUGGAUUUCUCAUCUCUGAGUCUGGCCAUUAAAAGUCCUCAAUUCCGACAUAAAUUGCUACCACCGGGAAUUACAUUCCAUGGCAUUGUGCUGAGUGGAGAGUGUGUCCUCGAUUUCUAUGUGGCUGAUAAAAAUGAAUUCAAGAACAUAAUGUGUCUAAGUGAACACUACAAGAAAGAAAUGCCUGACAAAUUGUUGGAAUAUGAUAAAAUUAUACCUGGCUUGCAUUGUGUUGCAUCAGUAUUUAAUGACUCAUUUGAGCGAGUCGUUGUAAAAGAAGUAUCGCAGCCGAAUCAGAAGGCUAUAGUGCAGCUAUUGGAUUGGGGAUCAUUUGCAGAAGUUAGUUUUUCAAACAUUCGUUUAGUGACUAACGAAUUUACCUACAACCAACCUAUUGUCGCACAUUACUGUGAGGCAGAUCCCGAGCAAGUACGAGAAAACAACAUACCAGAUUUUCUGCAUCAUGGCUUGGAAUAUACCAUUCAAGUUUUAGACUUGGGACACGGAUUUGAAAAGCGACAUAAAGUGAACAUGUACCCAGCUUUUUGUUAUUAAGAAGUUAACUCUGUGUUUUACUGCAUUUAUUAUAAUACAUAUGCAUUUAACUCUACAAGGAUUUUAUAUAACAAUAUACAUUACUAUACCAAAGAUCUCAAAAUCUCAUUGUUUAUCAAAGUUUAGAGAAGUAGGACUUUUAAAAUUUUCUUGCCAUUAUAUUAAUGACAAAUUAAAUAUUUAAGAUAAAUUCUUAACACAGGGUACAUACUUCACUUGCAUUUUUAUAAUUAUUUAAUUGUAUUAAUCUUUUCUACAAUUCAAUUUAACAAUGUGCAAAGUGCAGUAUGCACCUUUAUCAGCAGUAUUUAUUUCAUAAGAACAACAGUAUUAUUUGGAUAAUUGUAUAGUUUUAAGUUGUAAACAUAUUUGGUAAUUUAUUUAAGAAUAAGUAUUUAUUCAUGUGAAGAAUGUAUUUUUUUGAAAUUGCAGUGUCCAAGAUAUUUCAUUUUACAAUUUUUACUUCUUUAGAGAUGUACUCUAGUAAUUACAUGCAUAGCAUAGGUUUUUUUAUGCAGCAAGCAACAAUGAUUUUGCAUAUUAGAAUAUUAAGAUUGUAGGACAAACAUAUUGUCAUCAUAUACAUUUUUCAUAUAUUCAUCAUAUUAUUAUGCAUUAAAUUUAAACAACAUUAAUAUGUAAUCAAUUUUAUUCAUAACAAGUAGUAUAAAUGUAACAGUGUCAGUAGCCACAUUGAUCAUAACUUAGUACCUAAUGCUAUUCAAUUUAAUCUCAAUAAAAGUAGAACCAAAA